UCUUGCAAUUCAGACAAGUAGAACAACAAACUUCAAAGGUUAUGUUCCUAAGCAACCUGCGGUGUCUGGUGACGCGGUUGACCGUGCAUCCGCAUCGUUCACGAAUGUGGCGUGGAAACGAAAGUGAUCGCACUCGUCAGAUCGUAAUCAAGUAUUGGAGACGCGUCCGUCGUCUGUUCUCCGAGGAAAACAAUCCCUCCACGCAAAAGUCAACUCUCCACACAACGAUACCUGCUGAUACCCGCCAAGUGCCGGCCGCUCUCGUCAGAUAGCGUUACGACGGAACCGUGCUCCAGAUUCUCCUCUACCUAGUCCACCCUGGUCCGCAGCAUCGAUAACACACGGACUACAUAAAUAAAAAUGCGGCUAUUUAAAAUUGGCUCCUCGGCGAUGUGAGAACCGCGACCUUUAAUUGGGUCACUAACGGCGACCUUCCUCUAAUCAUGAAAGUCAGUCUUCUGUUUGCUGUUCUGCUUCCAACGUGGGCCAACGCGAUUGUGUGUCCACAGCAUUGCUUGUGUAAACCUGUCGGUGCUCAAGCUGAGUGGUUACGUCUUAAAUGUAACAAUGGUUUAGAAGAAAUCAAAGAUGUAGAUGUCAACAAAGUCAACGUGGAACUCAUACAAUUGGACUUGAGCAAAAAUGUCAUUCACGUUGUUGAAGUGGAUGCAUUUAAGAAUUUGACAAAUCUCAGACGGCUUGAUUUAUCAAAAAACAAGAUUGUUUCUAUAGGCGAGGGUUGUUUUAACGGCUUGACAAACUUGGAGCGAUUGGAUUUAAGUCAGAACCAGAUAUCAGUAAUAGAUAGCUAUGCAUUCAAGAAAUUACCGAAUCUCAAAAGGCUCGAUUUGUCUGGAAAUAAAAUUACUGCUCUGGCGCCAUCCUUAUUUCAUGAUUUGUUGGCCUUAGAUCGUUUGAAAUUAAAUGGAAACAGUUUAACUACUUUGAAAGAAGGCACAUUUCACGGGAUUAACAUGUUAAAACAGCUAGACUUGUCUAAUAAUCCUUGGAAAUGUGAUUGUGACCUAUAUUGGUUCAGUAAUUGGAUCUACAAUUCUUCAAUUAAAUUGAGUCUAAUGCCAAAAUGCUCGUCGCCACCGUUUGCCAAAGGGCAAUCGUUGAAGAAAUUAAGAUUCUGGGACGAGCUUCAGUGUCAGUGGAUGUCGCCGGCAAUUGAAAUUCGUCCGAUUCAAAAUCAAGUGGUAUUUGCUGGAGAUUCGAUCACCUUAAAGUGUAGAGCACCCAGCGUUACGAUAGAUAAAAAUGCCAGAUUGAAUUGGUUGUGGUAUCCUAAUGCGUCCGCCGAAAUCGUGGACUUGAAUUCUUACAGAGAUCCGCGAAAGAAUUUACCUAAUAUUAAGGUUGAUAACAGAUAUCUGCCGGAUAGCGGUAUCGUGGACAGUGCUCUUAGUAUUGUCCCGAUCAAGGAGGAGCAUAACGGACAAUGGAAUUGUUUAUUAGUUUCUGUAAACGGCAACAAGUCGAAAGCAGUCAGUGUCAUCGUAAUAUCCGAGCAUACGCGUUAUUGCCCUCUAGCAGUAACGAAAAACAACAAGGGCAUUUAUACGUGGCCUAAAACAAUAGUAGGAUGGAAAGCGGAAUUGCCGUGUGAAGUCGAUCGUCUCUCGGGCUUGAUGCAAGUGCCUUUGAAAGCUUUUUAUCACUGUAACACGAGCGGUCAGUGGGAGCGUCUAAAUACGGAAUCAUGUCCAUACAUAUCUCAUACAACGAAAAUCUUAGAGCAAUUUUCGAAAGUUAAUCUAUCUUUAACGAAAAGCAGUCUGCUGGAGACAGCCAAGAGAUUUAAAAAUUACACGGGAAACGGCUCGGUAAAGUUAACAGAUCCGGUUGAAAUCCAUUUCAUCGUGCGGACUAUAGAGAAUUAUUUGAAUUUCUUAAUAGACGAAAAGGAACUUGGAAUCAUGUUGGUUGAUAUCGUCAGUUCGAUGAUGAAAUUGCCGAAAGAGAUAUUAAAGAAAGCAGAAAUAAAUUUCAAAGCCUGCACGAGACUGAUUAAAGCGAUCGAACGUAUUACAGAAUUUACACCGUCCAUACAAUCGCAUAAAAAAUACAUGGCGCUCGAGGAGUUUCGAAUUAAGCGCGACAGUUUCGGCGGAUUAACAUGUACAUGGUAUACAAAUAUCGCUACGAACACCGAUUCGGAUACAAGAUUUCUGCACUGCACAACGAUUAACAGGACGACGCCGAUCAAUACAAAGGACAAGACAAUAGAGGCUUCCAUUCAAUUACCUGCCUCUUUGCUGCAACACUCGCAAGACAGUGCAAUAGCUCAACAGCUUAUGAUAUAUAUGUAUAGCGACAGCAGGUUCUUUCCUAAGACGAUUGCAAAUGAUAGCAUGGACAUAUCAACGUGUAUUGUUGGCAGUAAAUUAAUUGGUACAUCAGUACGAAAUCUGUCCGAACCAGUCUACAUUAUGCUGAAGGCGCCGUUGUAUCAUUAUAACGGGAAAAGGCCAAAACCAGUGGUAUGGGAUGAAACAUUGAAUAACAUAGGAGGCUGGACCAGUGAUGGAUGCCAUUUAAUCAACCUAUUAAGUAAUCUGAUAGUUUUUCAUUGUGACAGAUUGGGAUAUUAUGGACUUUUACAGGAAAUUCCGUAUCUUGAUAUAGAUGGAAAUAGUUUACACGGGGCGAAAUUCAGGUACUCACAUCCUGCGAUAUACAUCGGAAGCUUCGUGACGAUAACUUGUUUGAUGAUCACGUCCGUGACGUACAUUAUUUCUUACACGUCUAUCACGAUGCCUAAAAAAGCGAAACAUUCCAUUAUCAAUACUUGGUUCGCUAUGGCACUGUUAUCAUUUCUAUAUACUAUCGGUAUCCAGCAAACAGAGCACCUUGAGAUUUGUCAAGGUGUCGGUCUUACUUUACAUUAUUUGUCGUUGUGUUGCCUACUGUGGAUGGCAGUAUCUGCCAGCAAUAUGCACAAAAAACUGACGAAACCAAGCCUCAAUGUAAUACCCGAUGAUGAGCUUCCGGAUCAACCUCUACCCAAGCCCUUGUUAGGACUCUACUUGGUCGGAUGGGGUGUAGCUUUGAUAAUUUGUGGAAUAUCUGGCGCAAUCAAUCUACGUGAAUAUGCCGGUUAUUCUCAUUGCUUCCUCACGUCCGGACCGGCGCUCGCUGCGCUUUUUAUACCAUCCGGAAUUUUAAUCGCGUACUUGCUCAUCUUCCUCUUGCUCAUCAGACGUGCGAUUCAGAACGUCGACAUGAACACGCAAUUGUCUGAGGGUACUCAGGCAACGGAGAACAUGGAUUUGGAGUUAUUGGAGCCGAACGCGAAUCCUUCUGGAGACAGGAAUAGCAUGCGCAGCACGCAGACGGUGUUCUCCGAUAUUGAGGAUCCGGAACACUCGCAAUUUACGCAGUGGAAGGGCCAAGUCAUCAUGUUGGUGUUGUAUUUGAUAUCCUGGAGUAGUGCAGCCGCGGUAACGAUCAAGCCGUUUGAUUUCAUGCCGUUCGAGGAGACCGUGUUCGCCGUGAUAUAUGUCAUCACUACGAGUUCUCUGGGUGUUUUCGUGCUGUUCUUCUACGGAAUCGCUCGUAACGACGUUCGAAGUCAGUGGCUAAAGAUGCGAUGCUGGCUAGAAAAGCGGAAGAACCGUUGCUGCCGCACCAGGAGCGUGUGCGACGCGAACUCUGUGAUUCCGACGCAGCCUCUCGUGCAGAAUUUUGUCCCGCCGUUGUCGAACUCGCAAGCCACCCAAGCGAUGUCCGACACGAACUCCAUCGCUUCGUCGAGGAACACCAAUCAGUCGCAACAGAUCUACAGCAGCUCUAAGCUCGCGGACUUGGCGACCAAUCGAGAAAACAUGUCUGCCGUUUCCGUGAACACGAAAGCAGCGAAUCUGAUAGUAAUGCAUCGUCAUCAGUAUCACUCUAAUAAUUCCGUCACCACCUAUACCGAACCGUCGUCGGCUUGCGUCGAGAUGUUCUACAAUCCUCAUCAGAGCGGCGUCGCUAGGAAGUUCUUCAAGAAACAACGUAGACACGCGACCGCGAAGAAAAAUAAUCUCGGUCCGAGGAAGCAGGGCGAUGGCGGAGCUACCAGUGACGGCGGCAGUUGCAUUUCCAUACCUCGGCCUACCGCAAAGAUCAACAAUAGUCUAGAACGCAGCAUCCUGAGCACCAGCGCUAAAGUCAACAAUACCAAUAUACACGUCGAGCUGAACCCCAUAAAUGGUAUAAAAAACGUCAAUAUAUUGUCGGAUAGUGGCGGCAGCAUCUCUGAGGAAAGAAUCCCGAUGCGCUUCGUUAUCGGUCAGGAGAACUUGAUGCAUAGCAUCAAGAAGAUCAAUAAUAGCGCGCAACAGGAUAGCCCGCACGUCAACGUCAUGAUGUCCAAUACAAGAGAAACGCCACAACCAAGGAGAAUGGCACAAGACUCGGACGCGGACGUUUCGAAGACGGACGAAGAGUGGCACUUACGAAACGUCUCCCAGCAAUGUAGUUUGGAGUACAGCUCCGAAAUGGAUACCGUCACGCAAAUGACUAGCGAACGGAGCGAUCAUAAUCUGCCGGAGAUCUGCGAGAACGUGGAAAUGGCACAGCAGGAGCGUUUCUCGAGGAAAAGGUGUCCUAGCGUGAAUGAGAUCGAGAUCGCUGAUGAGGAACGCAUAUCAAGAGAUAUGGGACGGUUGUAUCUUUCCAACAGUAUGUAUUGCUUACCGUUGGAGUACGAGAAACCGCUGAUAAACAAUUACUGUAACUCGUUGAACGACCUCACGUCCCUGACGAGUGCAAAGCACCGUGACUACUCGAAACCAUCGUUCAUAGAUAUACAAAGUACUACCAGCUCGAAUCUAUGCGGGCAACAAGUUCCUGAGUCCCAAGAAUCAUUCGAUCGUUCGGAACGUUCGCUCUUUGAGAUAAACAGCUUGACUAGUGAUAAUCCAUGUACGUUAACACCGCGCGCGGAAACCCCCUACGCCUGUUCUCUAUCGAAUGUUUAUUAUAUCUCCGAAAAAAGUUUGGAGGAAAACAAUUCUCGUGAAAAGUCGCAGUUGCCAGACGUGGAUCACAAUGUAUUUAACGCACCCGAGUCGAAAGAUCUUCUGUUGGAGAAGAACUUCAGUUCUCUCGCUGAUAUUCCGUCAAUUAGUAGGUCUAGUUCGCGUGAUAUUAAUAAUCUUAAUUUAAUCGAUGAAAUGAACGCAUUUGCGAAACCUGCGGGUGAUAUACAACAAUUUGAGGCUGACGAGAUUUAUUUAGAUGAGUCGAUGAACUAUUUGCCAGUCAAGAAAGAAACCAGCGUUUAA